GCAUUAGUAUCUUAGAAACAGACAGAGUAACAGUCGCUAUGGAAAAAAUAGACGUUUCGGAUGUUAGAGUGUCCUACCAACAUUUUUCAUGGCUAGACUAUACAGUAUUUAUUAUAAUGUUAACAAUUUGUGGAGGUAUAGGAGUUUAUUUCGGUUUUGUGAAGAAACAAAAAUCUACUCAAGAUUAUUUAAUGGGUGGAAGAAAUAUGAAAUUAGUUCCAGUUUGUUUUUCUCUAGUUGCAAGUUUUAUUUCAGGCAUAUCGCUUCUGGGCACUCCAACAGAAAUGUAUAUAUAUGGGACAUCAUAUUUGUUCUUUUUAUUGGGUGCUUUCUUAAUGUGCCUCAUAAUCUCUUAUACAUUCCUGCCUGUGCUGCAUGAUUUGCAAAUUACUUCUGCUUACGAGUAUUUGGAGCUUCGAUACGAUAAAAGAUUGAGGAUAUUUGGAUCAGUUAUAUUCAGUUUAUAUCUGAUGGUUUGGCUUCCAAUCGUAAUUUAUGUUCCAGCACUGGCUUUCAAUCAAGUCACAGGAGUUAACAUUCAUAUUGUAACUCCUAUUGUAUGCUUCGUUUGUAUAUUUUACACUUGUUUGGGUGGACUAAAAGCAGUUGUAUGGACAGAUGUAAUACAAACAUUUGUGAUGGUUAGCGCAAUGAUUCUAGUAAUUAUUCAAGGUUCCAUUAUUGUUGGUGGCUUUGACGAAGUUUUUAAAAGGAAUUGGGAUACUGGCCGUAUAGAAUUACCAUCUAUAAGCUUAGACUUGACAGAAAGACAUUCAUUAUGGUCGUUAUCUAUUGGAUCUACAUUUUACUGGAUUGGAAACAUCGCUGUAAAUCAAUCAAUGAUGCAAAGAUUUCUGUCAUUACCAGAUUUGAAGUCUUCUAAAAGAGCUGUUUGGGGAUUCCUUUGUGGAGUGAUAUUUAUAGUUUUCAUAUGCGCAUACAGUGGUCUUGUGGCUUUUGCUAGAUAUUACGACUGUGACCCAUUGAAUUCCAAAUUAGCGUUGGCAAAAGAUCAAAUUUUACCGUUACUGGUAAUGGAUGUGCUGACUGAAUGGAAAGGGAUGCCGGGAUUAUUUGUAGCAGGAGUUUUUAGCGCCGCUCUAAGUUCCUUAUCAACUGGUCUGAACUCUAUGGCUGCUGUAGUGCUUGAGGACUUUUGGAAGCCAUUCUUUAGAAAGCUGACACAUCGAGAAACCCAAUUACUUAUUAGAUCAGUUGUAGUAAUAUUAGGCGGUGUAUGUCUUGGCCUAGUAUUCGUUGUGGAAAGAUUGGGUGCAGUACUACAAUUAACAAUGAGCUUAUCUUCAGCGUCGAUGGGACCACUUACUGGCAUAUUUCUUAUGGGCAUAUUUUUGCCCAUUAUUGGUUCUACAGCUGCCCUGAGUGGAGGGAUAGUCGGUAUUAUUUCAGCGUGGUGGCUGGCGGCUCAGUCGCAACUAGCACAAGCACGAGGGUUACUCAAAUUUAACGAGAAACCAAGAUUUACACAUAACUGUACUUAUGCAUUUGAGUCAGCAGCGUACACAGCUGAUUAUACUGCGAGUGAAGUGCCUUACUUAUACCGCAUCUCGUACUUCUGGUUCACUACUUUCGGAUGCUUAAUAACAGUGAUCAUUGCUUGUAUGUUAACAUUUUUACUUAAACAUACUCAUCAAGAACAAUAUGAUCACAGAUUAUAUGCGCCUGUUGUGAGAUUAUGGCUCAUGAAAAAACAAAGGGUAAUUUCUGUAUAAUAUCUCCAGAUUCUAAAAUUAAGAUAUAUGACGUCCACGCGCAUGGCAAAACUUAGAUUACACGACAAGCUAAGAUAA